CCGCCUGGAGAGGCUUUGCAGCAAUGAAGCCCACCAUCCCGAGCCUUCAAUACCCCAGGUCCCAAACUACAGGCUGUCGAUGACGAUUCCAGACUGGCUGCAGGCAAUACAGAAUUACAUGAAGACACUACAAUAUAAUCACACAGGGACCCAGUUCUUUGAAAUUAGGAAAAUGAGACCGCUGAGUGGGUUAAUGGAAACAGCGAAAGAAAUGACCCGAGAGUCCUUACCUAUCAAAUGCCUUGAAGCUGUCAUCCUGGGCAUAUACUUAACCAAUGGACAGCCUUCCAUCGAGCGAUUCCCCAUCAGCUUUAAAACCUACUUCUCAGGAAACUACUUUCACCAUGUUGUGCUGGGGAUUUAUUGCAAUGGCCGCUAUGGCUCACUGGGCAUGAGCAGAAGGGCUGAGCUGAUGGACAAGCCAUUGACCUUUCGGACUCUGAGUGACCUUAUCUUUGACUUUGAAGACUCUUACAAGAAAUACCUGCACACAGUCAAGAAGGUCAAGAUUGGGCUGUAUGUCCCCCAUGAGCCUCAUAGCUUCCAACCCAUUGAGUGGAAGCAGCUGGUCCUCAAUGUCUCCAAGAUGUUGAGGGCUGACAUAAGGAAGGAGCUGGAGAAGUACGCCAGGGACAUGAGAAUGAAGAUCUUGAAACCUGCAAGUGCCCGCUCUCCAACCCAAGUGAGAACCCGGGGAAAAUCCCUGUCCCCCCGAAGGAGACAAGCAAGCCCCCCAAGAAGGCUUGGCAGGCGAGACAAGUCACCUGCUCUGCCUGAAAAGAAGGUGGCUGACCUCAGCACUCUGAAUGAAGUGGGCUAUCAAAUCCGAAUCUAGCCAAGCCAUACCGGGCAGCAAGAGGGUUUCUGUGGUGCUUCUCUCUGCACUUUACCCAGCAUCUUCAGGAGGAACUGCAACUAUUAUUUAUUAAGAACUUGAAAAUUUUAUUUUUAAGGAUUCACCUGGAAACAGAAUCUGAGUGGGUGGGGAUAAUUAGCUUUAAAAACUCUGACCAUGAAAAGGCUAAAGUAAUAAACCCCACUGGGGCUGGACUGUCUCCCUCACUAAAGAUCUCAAGGAUAACAAACAUCCACAAUAGUUUUAUAUUUUUCCAUUUACUGACUUUCUUUUACUUGCUUUGAACAUUAUGCCUCACCAGUAGUAAAUGUUCAU